UUCAUCUGUAACAUCAUUCAAAAAAAGUCUGUUUCCUUUUCUUCUAAAGCUUGCAAAUUCGACUUCGAAACGGGCUUGAAUGGUUGGAAUAGGACUGGAACAGCAUUUAACAAUCAACCUACCUACGGUGAUAACCCAACAGCUCGCAAUAAAGGACAACCUGCCAAGCAGCAAGGAGAUUGGUGGAUCGGAGGGUACGAAAACAGGUCAUCCAAGGCAGCAACACCUGGAGCAGUUCAGGUAGAUGGUCCCCAAGGAACUCUUGCUUCCCCGUUCUUUAAGAUCGUUGGCAAACGGAUAUCAUUCUUGAUUGGAGGAGGCUGUGACAUUAAGAAAGUUCGUGCUGAGUUGAUUGUUGAUCACCAAGUAAGACAGCCUGACAGACUUGCUUUCAGUUUUUAGUUUGUUGUGGCAUAUUUUUUCACUACAGUUUCGAACUCGGCUUUAUAAUAGGUGCAACACCUAGCAAUUAACAUGAUAUUUUCCUUUAUACUCUACGAAUGCCUAACUGAGUUUUGCUGACAUUUUUGUGAUAUAGGAGAAGUAUUUCCGAGGUUAAUGAAUAUUCCAUUCAAUCGACUACAGAAACGUCAUGGCUUCUGUUUAAUCCUUCCCAUAUAUUAGCUAGGUUAUGUAGCCCAUUAUGUAGACACUGUCAUACAUACAUACAUACAUACUUUAUUGGCUCGUCCCCACGGGGCUUUUCAGAGUCAAUUUUACAUUACAAAAUUAUAAACCAAGUACAUGACAAUAAGAAUAUAACAAUGAUAAAAGAAGACAAAGGUCAAUAAAAUUAAUUAAAUUAAUUAAAUAAAGCAGUCAUUAAGAAGCUUUUGCCUGAGUAAACACUUGAAUUCCGUCACGGAUGGGCUAAGUUUGAGCGCAGGCUGCAACUCAUUCCAGAGAGAGGUUGCUCUAUAUUGAAAGGUCCUUUGGCCGCUGGCAGUGCGGAAGAGUGGUAUGUUCAAAAGUUGAGAAUUUCUCGUAUUCCUUAUCGAGACGGCGGAUCUUCCAACGAGCUUUGAUGUCAAAUACUCCGGAGCACAACUCGUCAUGCACUUAAAAACCAGAACAGCAAAACGAAAAUAAAGUUGUUGCCUGAUUGGUAGCCAGCGCAAGUCUUUUAGCAAAGGAGUUAUGUGAUCGAAUUUUUUAGCGCCGCUCAAAAUACGACAAGCGAAAUUCUGUACUGCUUGGAGCCUGUCCAGAUUAGUUUGAGUAGUAUUGCUCCAAACAGAAGAGCAAUAGAAUAAUUUACUAAAUACUAAGGCAUUUAUAAUAAUAAUUAGCGCGUGUUUAUUAAAAAUAUGCUUAACGCGGUUAAUUUGGCCCAAACGUGACAUGCAUGAGGAUACAGUAGAAACAAUAUGCUCAUUAUAUGUUAAGUUAGAGUCCAGUGUAACACCAAGGUCUCUUGCAGCCUUAACGGGCUCGAGUUCCUUCCCCAAUAGAAAUAGCCUAAAGUCGCUAACCUUAGCAGUCAUUUGCCGGCUGCCGAAUAUCACUAGUUUUGUUUUAUCUGGGUUGAGUAAAAGCUGAUUAUCAAAGCACCAAUUCCUAAUGCUUAACAAGUCCUUGUUCAUUUUUUCUAUCGUUUCGUGCUGAUCGCGGAGUUGAAAUGACAUGAGAAGUUUGGUAUCGUCGACGUAACACUGCGAUGUACAAUUUUCUGGCACAGAAGGGAGAUCAUUAACGUAGAUGUUAAAGAGUAAUGGGCCAAGGAUGCUCCCUUGUGGAACGCCAGAACUAACAGGUAGUUUGGUCGACAGAGUUGUAUUUAUUCGCACAAAUUGGUAUCGCGAGGUUAAAUAGCUUCCGAGCCAUUUUAUCGCAGGUCUAGACGCACCAAUGUCCUGUAACUUAGCGAGGAGUAUUUGAUGGUCAAUACUGUCGAAAGCUUUGCUUAGAUCAAGAAGGACAACUGCAGUCAGUAUAUGAAUUCCUAACUUUUCAGACUGCGCAAUAGCUAUAUUAAAAUUAAGCAUUUUUUUCUUGAAAGUUCAGAGUGUCUUUCACAUUUUGAAAAGACUCCCUUAGCUUGUCAUCAGUCAGUUUGAGGGGUCGCUUGCAAGAAGCUGAAUUGCAUCUGCCUCUCUUUUUCAGGUUGUGAACCGUUCUACUGGUUCAUGUACUGAAACCAUGUCUCGCAAAUUCUGGGACGUUCAUGCCUUUGUUGGUCGAACAGCAAGUGUCAAAUUGGUGGACUACAGCAGUGGCGGAUGGGGUCACAUCAAUUUUGAUGACCUCGGAGGCGAUAUAAGUUGUGGGCAAAAAUAA